GGACGUGUGGUCUCUAAACGUUUUUAUCGCUCGAGAGACGUGGACGCGGUGGGCUGUGCGCGCUGGAGCACGUUGGAGUUGCUGCGGAGUAGUGGGAUGUCGAGUUACUUGCUACUCGUGGUGUUUCUGCAGUGAGCUACAGGCAGAGAGGAGGCAACGUUUGCGGGGAGAGGGACGAUUGGUAGUGUAGCUGUCUGAAAAGGGCGAAGUGGGACCGUCCUCCAAAUCUUGGCCAUUGGUUCCCAUCUCUUCCUUGUCCUGGCACCAGCAUUCUGUGGGCUGCAAAAGACAAUCAGUGAAUUGAAUUGACUGAAACUAAUGAACAACAACAAUCUGAUCUAGUUUAAAAUAUGGCUGUGAAAUACUCAUUCCAACACAAAGGAUGAGGUAUCUCAGCAGGAGGACUUGCAAGUGUGGAAGCUUUUGUUCUGCCUCCCUCUUCUCCCCCCAUGUUGUUUCCAGAAAUCUAACCUCCUUGUUGAUAAGUCUAAUAAUGAGAGUUCUAAUGUUGAACACUAUUUUAGUGUCACUGCUUGAUUCUGUCGGAGGUUAUUUCUGUGUGCAUUUGAACUUCUUACUGUUUCUCCAUCGGCUAGCAGAAGAAGCCAGGACAAAUGCUUUUGAGAACAAAAGUAAAAUAAUUAAAUCUGAACACACUGUAGCUGCAGCAAAGGUUAUUUUAAAGAAAAGCAGAGGCUAGAAAACAGACCACUGGAAUUUCAAAGCAUGUUUUCUGUGUUUUCUUACUAAUGUGAGAUCCUGUGAGCCAGCUUUUGCACUUUUGGAAGUAUUUAGUUUUAUUGAUGUCUGUCUCCUGACUCUGAGUAUCUUGCUGUUUCUUUAAAAAAAAAUAAAUUUAAGAAUCUUAAAAUGUAUAUUUUCAUACACUUCAUGCGUAAUUUAAAAAUGUGUGUCACUUUUCAUUUAAGACUUUUCAUGUACCUUGUUUCUUCCAAAACAAUGGAGGAAUGCCUAUACCGUAGUCACUCUUCAGGUACAAUGUGUCAUUUAUUUUUAGAAGUGUGAAACUAAUCUGAAAGAUGCAGGUUUCACUAAAUCCAUUACAGAUUAUGCAGUUCAAAGCAGAUUUACUAGCUAAACAAAAUUGUGGCUUUAAAACAAUUGCUGUACAAACUAGUGUAUUAAAUAGCUUGGCUUUAAUUUAUUUAUAAGUGUCUUAACAUUUUUUUUACAUUACUUUGAAAAGUAGGCUAAAACUUCUCUGUUCUGGGGAAAGAAUACGUAUUUUGUAUUUCUAAAUCA